AUGAACACUACUAAAAUUGCAAGAAAAUCGCAGAAUGAUGCAGAUCGUAAUGCAAAAAAGCUAAAAGAUCUUGGAAACAAGCUCUUUGCCGCGAAGAAGUACGACGAAUCUAUUCGGGUGUUCUCAGAAGCAAUCACAUGUUGGGAUUCCCAAGAAAACCCACUUCUCAGAGCUAUGUGCUUUCAGAAUAGGGCUGCAGCGAAGGAGCAUCACGGUGGUUUCAGCAUAGAUGAUAUGGUCAGUGACUGCGAGCAAGCGAUCAAAUGUAAUCCAAAAUACGCGAAAGCCUACUUUAGAAAAGCACGGUUGUUGGAAAAGAAAGAAGAUCAUGAAGGAUCGUUGAUUUCUGUGUUCUGUGCUACCCAAAUUGAUCCAUCGCUUGACGCUCAAUCGGCAAAUAUUUUGACUGUUAUACUGGAGCACCUUGAGAAGAACGCUUAUAGUAAAUGGCUUGAAGGUAAUGCUACACGAGAUCAAACGAGGCAUGUACGACAUGAGAAAGUUUAUUCUUGGUUACAUAAGACUGUAUCAUUCGACUGCAUGCGCACCGACGUACUGUCAAGCGAGGUUUCUGGAAAUACUCCCUAUGAAGUGGCACUUCAAUUGGUCCGCGAUAAGGACUACGAUAGAGUGGCCGAUAAGGCUAUGGAAGAAAAUGGUGACAAAAAGUUGAAUGCUUUGAUUCUAGCUGCUCGAUUCUAUUUUUAUCGGAAUCAGCUCGACAAGUUUGCCUCCUGUAUUGGAGAAUUCGAUGCUUUAUAUCAAGCUUUACCGGAUGAGAUGAAAGAACAGAAAAAAGAUCUACUGAACGCAAGACAUGUCGUAAGCAUCGAAGCCGGACGUACAUCUGAGGAAGUUAUGAAGGCUUUCAACAAAGCUGUGGAAGAAACAAAAUCAAAAAAUCCUGAUUUCAACGUAAUGGCUGGUUUUCGUUUGGUGCUGUGCAACGAUACUCGCACUGCCAAGGAAAUGCUUUCUAGCAACGACAUACAGACACCUAACAUGAAGCUGUUGUAUCUCACACUACAGAUUCUCUGCACCACAGGCCAGGAUGGCGCUCCAGACAUGGCCCAAUUACACAACAAUAUUCUGGAGCUGGAGAAAUUCGUAUCUGAGUUAGAGCCCAAGACAGGCUAUGCUUUAUCUCUCUUGGCAAAGAUCACCGCGACAUUCAGCAUGGACAGCUCUGCGCAACAAAUGUUCGAAGAAGUGUUCAAACUUGAACCAGCUGAGUCCAUUCACUUCUUCGAUCGUAGCUGCGUUGCUGCUUCUGGUGCUGACGCCAUCGAGUACUUGAAAAAAUGUCUGGAGAUUGAGCCACACCAUGCAGAAGCUCAUUUGAUGCUGGCGAGCUUGCUCAUGAAUGAAGUUGGAACUAGACCGAUCUCUGAGGAGCAGUACAAUACGAUUGAUGCGCAUCUUUCAACCGCAGCUACUACUUUUGCUGACAACGUGGACUUCCCCGUUGUGAUGGGUGUUUUCCGCCUCAGAGAAAUUUUGUUAGCUAAGAAAAAAGUCGCUAGUGUGCUGUCGUCGUGAAGCCGGUUCAACAACAGGAGUGUCGUCAAGUCUUUUAGCUUUCUUGUCAUUGAUUGCUCAACUUUAUAGCCUGGUCAGUGUCAUCUAUUGAAAAUGUUAAGAAAAUAUGAGGUUCGUAAGAACGUUUGAUAUGAAUUGAAUCAAGCAACCCAAAAUUGUUCUCAAAUCUCUUGCCAAACGGUGUUCGAAAAUGACUUGAGAACUCUUCGAACCCUCUUUCAUAUGUUGAACUGCAUAUGAAAGAGGGUUUGAAGAUAUGCUGAAGCGCAUUCGCUUGGGUACUCUGCGUCCUUGAUAUCUCAGCAAAUACAACGUCUUCCACUGUUGUAAUCUGUAAACUCACUUCGAAUUGUUCCGGAUAAGCUCGCAAGUAGGAUAGUCAAUGGUAUUCUUCAAAUUGCAAGGUGGUAUAUAUACUUCCCCAAUCAGCAGAUCGAUUAGUGUUAUCAUGUAAAGUAAUCCCAUACCUAAACGCAUUUGCUUCAAAUUUUAGAAAGCGUGUGGAAGUUGCGAGCAGUUGUUUGUCAGAGCUUUCUUUCAUCGCUUCUUCCUUUUGUUUCUUUUUGACUGAAUCUUGUUCUCUUGCUACAGCUUCGCCAGGCACAGUUUUUCUUAUUGUGAUUUGUUGUCUCUCGUUGUUGUUUUUAUGUCGUAUUUAAAUUCACAUAUUCGAUAUCUGUAAUGAAUUCUAUCCCCUAUC